AGCUUGCACAGCAGUAUUAUUACCUGUUGCAACAUGGAAACAUGACAAGACGUUAAUUUUACCAUUUUUUACUCCUCUGGCCUUGUAAACCACUGCAAGCAUUGGUCGAUAUUAAUAUUUGAGAAGGAUUUUUUUUCAAAUGACCACAUUUAAAUUAUCAUCGUGCGCCUCCUUUAAUCUCAGUCAGUCUUAAGGAGCCGUAAGAAGUGAAAGCGAGUGCGUGAGGCGAGUAUAGCGACAGCGGACCUGCUGAAAGUGCCGAAAUUUGGAGUGGAGUGGAAAGUAGGGUUUGAAUUAGACAUCAACUAGAAAAUUCAAGCGAAGAAUCACAGGUGCCUCCAGCAGGGAAGAUGUGGAUUUAUUUUGCUGCCGCUGCUCCGGUUGUCUGGGUCAUUAUUUUGCUGUCUUCACUGUACAACUGCCCCGGCGACAAAAUCACGAUGAGCAACUUUUUUGAUAGGUGCCGCCAACAAGCAGUUUACAAUGCUAUCGGCAUGAAGGCAAACUUUGAUGAUCUCUUGAAACGAAGACAGAACAGAUUCACUCCGCCUGGGAACCUGAAGGGAAGAGUCGUGGUCAUCACUGGAGGAACUAAAGGAAUCGGGUUGGAAGUUAUCAAAGAACUGCUGAAAUGCGACAUGAACGUUGUUAUGGGAUGCAGAAAAGUGAGCGCUGGUGAGAAAGCCAUCGCUGAAAUCAGAGAGGCUGGCGUACAAACUGGUACCUCAAAGGUUUUUGAGUGUGAUACGAGUUCUUUUGAAUCAACCAGGAAAUUCGCUGAAAAAGUUUUGGCCUCGUGUCCCAAAGUUAACGUUCUCAUCAACAAUGCUGGAAUUAUGCUAGUGCCUUAUGAACUCACUGCCGAUGGACAUGAAUCUCAAUGGCAGGUUAACUAUCUCAGCCAUUUCCUACUCACUAAACUGCUACUGCCAAGGCUGGAAGAAUCCGCUGCAAAUGGAAUUAAUUCCAGAAUAGUGAAUCUCUCAUCCUCGGCCCAUCUUGGAGGAAUUCUUAAUUUUGAUGAUCUCGAAAUGAAGAAAGAAUUUGUGUCCAGCACCGCGUAUGCCAACUCUAAACUGGCGCAAGUCAUGUUUACUAAAAGUCUGCAAAGGAGCUUUGAUGCAAGAGGUGCCCCUCUGCAAAUCAGUUCAGUGCAUCCUGGUGUAGUCAACACCGACCUUUUCAAGGACACCUAUAUCACUCGAAUGUUUCCUUGGAUGCCCACUUUGCUCUUCAAAUCCCCAGCCCAAGGAGCGACGCCGGUGCUCUAUGCUGCUUUGGCUGCUGAAAUGGAAGGAAAAGGAGGAUCUUACAUCAGCAAUUGCGCGGAAUAUCCCGUAUCUGAUGAAGCUAAGAAUAUUGAGAAGCAAAACAAACUUUUUGAGGUUUCUUGCAAGGAUAUUGGCGUUAAUGUUUUCACCCCUUGAGAUUAAUUCAGCAUUUUUUUGCGGUGCGAAUCUCACUCAAUGCGUUUCUGUAACUGCAAACUGCUUGUUUUUAAGCACUCUUAUCAUUUAGUUGACACUCAGCUGAACUUAUAAGCACUAAUCAUUUUGUUAACAAAAGAUCACAGAAAUAGACGUUAUCAUAAAAUGUGGUAGAUUUUGGAGAUUCAGAUUUAUGUGAAUAGGUAUUUCCAAUCCACGUACAAUAUACUUUUUAUAUAUUUGUUAUGUUUUUAAUAAAACUAGAGGUAUCUAAGGUUUAA